AUGCUCUACCUUACCUUUGCUCCGUUCUCCUCGGCCUAUAAGGGCGGGGUCAUAACCGGUAUGGUUGAAUGUUUAGGCCCACUCCCGAGCAUUGGAAAGGCCUCUACCCUAGGUCUCGAGCCCCAAGUCCACAAUAUGACCUUGCAUCAAGAAUUGCGAGAUUCCGUCCCGAUGUCGAUCCGGUCGAGCGGCAACAUGUGCAAUCUAUCAUGA